AUGGCAGUUUGGGGUUGGAUCUGCUCACUGGCUGCGCUGCUCUCUCUCAUUUUCACAGGGACACACAGCCACAGAGGGGAGAUAGAGACCUACCAUGUGAGUGCUGGCCAUCUCUUUCUGCUCAAGUGCCGUAUUGCUGCUGCUGCUGCUGCUCACUCCAAUGUGACCUGGAGUAAAGUAGGGAGGCACAACCAGAGCCUGCCUGAUGGAGUGGAGGUCAGGGAUGGGUUACUGUGGUUUCUUCCUUUGCAGUCUUCUCAUAAUGGAACCUACAUCUGUGAGGAAAGGACGGAUGGUAGAGUAUCUAGUAUGGAGUUAGGGGUGUCAGUGUCGAGUGAAGAGUGUCCUGACCCGGCUAGGACGAAAUCCAUCACCCAGGGAGUCAGCGACCGUCUUCCUUGUCAACAGACUGAGAUCUUCAAACUGAAUAUGGCACGGAGCAUACGAUGGCAAAAGGCGUGCCAGCCUGUGGAGCGUAAAGGGGAUCUCCAGCCCAUCUCUGUGGAUGUGAAAGGCUCCAUGAGGCUGCCUAUGGCCUCAGAGAGCGAUGCUGGUAUAUACACCUGCCUGGUAGACGUGAGCUUGGACGGCAAGAACUACACGUCUGCACACAGCAUCAGGCUGAUUAUUGAUAAUAAGAUGGAAGAGAGAGUGUCGGUUGUACCUCAGAUAGUGUGCCCUCAACAAAACGUGUUCGUGGCUGAAGGUGCGAGACAGGAGCUCCAGUGUUUGGCCUACAUAGGCUUCAGUGAGGACAAUGAGACAUUGAUAUAUUGGACUAUUGAUGAGAAGGACGCUGAGGAAUACGAGCUCCACCAGUCCAGGAAAAAUCAGAAAGAAAGAGGCAAGUGGUUCAUUCGGUCCACUCUGUCCAUUUCUAAAGUUCCUCGUAAGUUCCUGAAUGUUCCCAUUCACUGCCAUGUCGAAAACACAGUUGGAGCAGACAAAUGCUUAGUGCGGCUUCUAGAAGCUGACCACAGUCCCCUCUACAUCAGUGUGGCUCUCUGCCUCGCUGCUCCCUUGACUCUUCUGGCCCUGGCUGCUGCAUUCCUCUUCUGUAAAGUAGAUCUGGUGUUGGCUUACAGGAAACUGACUAGGCAUUUUUCCAAACAAGCUCUAGAUGGGAAGCUGUACGACGCCUAUGUGAGCGUCCUCCAUCCAGACACCCUGAGUUCAGCUGAGAGCUUUGCCCUGCAGAUCCUGCCUGAGAAGCUGGAGAGACAACAUGGAUACUCCCUGUACAUCAGAGAGCGGGACGACUGCCCUGGAGAAGCAAUGCACGACAUGAUUGCCUCUGCUGUGCAAAGAUGCCGCAGACUGAUAAUCAUCUUGACUGCAGAGGCGAAAUCUUCAACCAACAAAAUGGAGGAGGAUUGUCCCUCACAUAACGACCAUAACCAGCUGUUCUAUGAGCACAUAAUCGGCCUUCACGAUGCUUUGAUGCAGAAUGAACCACAAGUGAUUCUUGUGGAAAUAGAUGGUCCAGUGGAUUACAGUCACCUACCAGAGUCUUUGCGUUUUAUUAAGAGGAAACAAGGAGCUCUGAAGUGGAAGACAAGCUCUCUUUCAACACACAAACUCAACUCAAACAGACACUUCUGGAAGCAUCUGAGGUACCACAUGCCCUCAGUGCCUGCAGGAACACGUCAGACUGUUGUCUAAACCUAGUUGAAAAAAUCACUGAUACUGAUGGGAUCCAACAUGGGUGUUUGGUUCGUCAGG